GUCUGGAUCUCUGGCCUAUUUGCAGGACUUGACUACUACACUCCUCGGCCUCAGAGGCCUGGCUUCAGUCCCACCAAAGCUUUGUCACAAGGCGAUACGGUCAUAAAGGACUGAGGACUGAGGACACACCCCCAGUUUCUAUUGGUUAGAGAAGGUUAAAGUUCACGGUCAUAUAGACCAGAAAGAUCAGUUCCGUGUGCUGGUGCUGGUCUCGCCUCAAGUGGUGGUGAACCAUAAGUGUUGUUUACACAUUUUACAACAAGUGUUCUCAUCCUGCAGGAAAAAAUGAAGAUCGAUUUACAUACUCACAUACUUCCAGAGACAUGGCCGGACUUGAAAGAGACAGAUGGAGAUACUCAAUUAGUCAUCUUCCCGACAGGGGAGUCAAUUCACCUCUUCCUCUUCCAAUGUCAAAGAGGGUUUAUUAUAACCACUACACUGCAGAUGCUCGUCUACAUUUUGAUCGCAACGGUAUGGAUAUGGUGGAUGGAUUCAACUGCAUCAUCAUUGUGCUGGAAAGGCACGAAUGAUGAAGGACGGUAAACUCUUCCGAGAAAUUGAGGACAAUUGUUGGUCGACAGCUGCCAGACUCAAGGAUAUGGAUAGGACAGGUGUUGAUGUCCAAGUCUUGUCCACAGUUCCUGUCAUGUUUGGCUACUGGGCUGAACCACUGGACACUCUGGACUUGUGUGAGUAUCUCAACAAUCACCUGGCUGGCCUGGUCAAGGAAUGUCCUAGCAGAUUUGUAGGACUUGGGACUCUUCCAAUGCAAGCGCCAGAACUGGCUGUGAAAGAACUGAUUCGGUGCCGAAAGGAAUUGGGUUUUCCUGGUGUUCAGAUUGGGUCUCAUAUUAAUGAGUGGAACUUGGAUGCCCCUGAACUGCAGCCAGUUUUUGCCGCUGCAGAGGAACACAACUGUGCCAUCUUUGUUCACCCCUGGGAUAUGGAACUAGGAGGUCGCAUGAAGAAUUACUGGUUGCCUUGGUUGGUAGGCAUGCCAGCUGAAACCACCACAGCCAUCUGCUCCAUGCUCUUUGGAGGUGUUCUUGAGAAGUUCCCCAGACUGAAGGUCUGCUUCGCUCAUGGUGGUGGAGCUUUCCCUUUCACUGUGGGAAGAAUUGAGCAUGGCUUCAAUGUCCGGCCAGACCUAUGUGCUGUACAGAAUUCUGUCAACCCAAGGAAGUAUUUGGGCAGGAUCUACACAGACUCUCUUGUCCAUGAUGACAAGUCUAUGCGACUACUGCUGGAUGUCAUGGGGCAGAACCGUGUAGUGCUGGGCAGUGAUUACCCUUUCCCUCUUGGUGAGCAUCAUCCUGGAAAGCUGGUGGAGUCUAUGGACGAGUUGAGUCCAGAGUUAAAGAACCAAAUCUUGGCAGGCAAUGCAGCAGAGUUUCUUGGACUGGAUCUCUCCAAACUUGGAUCUGCCGGUUGUUCAGAGAAUAGCGCUUGUUGUCUGUAAAUGCAGCCAUGGAAAAGAUGCUGCCAUGUUGAUUUACCUUCAUGCUCAGGAAUUUUCAUUAUUCUAGUACAAUAGAAUCUAGUAAUUGUCAAACGGUGGGGUUUUGAAGUAUCAGAAUUUCCCAUUGAUCUGGACAUUGCAAUGUAAGUUUUAAAGCAUUUUCACAUUGUUAUAGGCACAUGAAAACCAGGCAAGUGGGUUUGUAGGGCUGUACUGAAUAAAAUCCUAAAUGAUAUAAAUUGUUUUGAUAGGGGCGUAAAAAUACUAAAAUUAAAAAAGGACAACAGGCAAUUAAUGUAUAUCAUUUUUUAACACCUUGUGGUCAUUUGGCGCUAUAAUGUGACGCUGAAAAUUAUCUAUUCCGGUUACCUGGUGCAGUUCUGCGUCAGGCUCGAGAAGUCCGUUGCAGUCACCCCCCUUGCUGGGUGACCAGAUGGGGUAUAUUUUACUGCUGGCUGGAUGAAUGCAAAGUGUUAAGAAUUGCAUCAUCUUAAGAAAAAUACUUCCAUCAGUUGAGAUGACGGGAGCCGGGCUGUAACUGUUUUUGUUUCUGUUGAUGUAGAUUUAUUGCCUUUACGUAUCUUCUUUACUUGGGUUUAUCUGUAUACUGCAUAGUUGAUAGGAGUCUUCAGUAAGUAGACAGGCAUUUCUACUUAGCAACACAAAGUAGCUGAUUCAAAGUGUGCUCUCAGGGCCAUAGGCCUACUUUAGUUUCAUAUCGUCUUGCUUCCUUUCCUUUCUUCAUUCAUACCGUUACUCAAGAUAGUAUUUAGCAUCAUUCUCCUAUACACUUACAUGUAUAGACUUUGUAUAGACUGCAGUCUGCUUAAACUGAAAUCUGCAAGACUGCCAAAUUUUUUCUAUAUCCCCGGGAUUUUAGUUAUGAGGUUGCUUAACCCUUAAAACCCUGUACCGCUGGUGACCGCUGAUGCUGUAUUUUCCUAUACUGCUGGUAACCGCUGGUCGACUUUAUCGUUUAAUUCCCAGUGCUAGAAACAGGGGAUGUAACUCCAGAUGACUCUGUCGCAAGGAGAAAGUACCGAUAAUGUCAUGAGAGCAGUUCUACACCGAAAGUUUGGAAAUUUUGCGAGUUUUUAAGAAAAAUUAGUCACUUUUCGCUGCCAGGCCCUUCAGGCCGCAAAAUUUUUGAUAUUUUUUAUCCUAACCAGACCCCAAUAAUGAUCUCCCAGUCGGAUAUAUCGAUAAAUAUGACUGUUGAAGACGAUUGCAAUGUUCCGCAUACCAUCGAUGAUUUUGACGAUAGUGGAAUUGGCAGGGGAUCACCACUAAAGCUACCAGAGGCUAGAUCUACUGCUGGGUCUAAUGAUACUUUGACUGAAGUGGAGUCGGGGAUCACACGCAAGACUUAACUCAUAGAGUUGGUCAUAAAAACCAGUCUUUUAACCUUUUCCCCUUUUGUUCAGACUGUGCAUUCAUAUAUAAAUAACAUUUUCAAACUUCAGUAAAAUCUAACAACAAUUAAAGACACAGUAAACAAAAUAAUGAACCAACCUAAUUUUUUCUAGUGUCUCAGUUUUAAUUCAGGAUUCUAGGGAGGUAUGGAAAAAAAAAUUCAGGGUUUUUAGGGUUAAAUAGAAAGGGAAAAAAAUCAUAGGUUUUAUUUUCUUUCGGUUUACUGCUGUUUUCAGAAUAACCUUGUUUGGUUUAUGUAGACUCCUGUGUAUAUUUAUAUGUAUGUGUUCUGUGGUCCCAUUCCCUGUACCUUGAAGACUGAUAAUGAACUUUACCUUGAGUAUACAUGCAUAGUGAUAAAUUAUAUUUUAUUUAUAUUUAUAUGUUGACAUAGUGAAAUUUAGAAUUGACUUUACGUCAUGUGAUCACAUCAAUUGACUUUGUAGGCAUAUAUUACGGAUUGGUGUCAAAAGUGCCUCAAAACUUAGAAUCACACAAAAACA